CGGCGACUCUCGAACGCGCUAUUUUUUCCUCCUCGUCGUUGUCGUCGCGUUUAACUGAAAUAAUAAUAACAACAACAACAACAACGGGAGCAGCAGCAGCAGCAACAGCAGCAACAGCAACAGCAGCAACAUCUAGCCCAAAGGAGCCUUGUAUUGCCACCUCGACCAGCAAAAAGCCGCCAAAAUGCUUCCGUUCCGGCGUGGAGCGGCCUGGCAAACGCUCUUCCUGCUCUGCGCUCUCGCCUAUUGCAUAAACGAAGCCAGCAGCGAGGGUCGCGUGGUCUGCUACUACACAAACUGGAGUGUCUAUCGGCCGGGCACCGCCAAGUUCAAUCCGCAGAACAUCAAUCCAUACCUGUGUACCCACUUGGUGUACGCAUUCGGUGGAUUCACCAAGGACAACCAGAUGAAGCCCUUUGACAAGUACCAGGACAUUGAGCAGGGUGGCUAUGCCAAGUUCACUGGACUCAAAACGUACAACAAACAGCUGAAGACCAUGAUUGCCAUUGGCGGCUGGAACGAGGCCAGUUCCAGAUUCUCACCAUUGGUGGCCAGCAACGAGCGUCGCCAGCAGUUCAUCAAGAACAUCCUGAAGUUCCUGCGACAGAACCAUUUCGAUGGCAUCGAUCUAGACUGGGAGUAUCCGGCGCAUCGUGAGGGUGGCAAGUCCCGAGAUCGAGACAACUAUGCCCAGUUUGUCCAGGAGCUGAGGGCCGAGUUCGAAAGAGAGGCGGAGAAAACCGGACGCACUCGCCUCCUCCUGACCAUGGCCGUGCCCGCUGGCAUCGAGUACAUCGACAAGGGUUACGAUGUGCCCAAACUGAACAAGUAUCUGGAUUGGUUCAAUGUACUGACCUACGAUUUCCACUCAUCCCACGAGCCAUCGGUCAACCACCAUGCACCGCUCUACUCGCUGGAGGAGGACUCCGAGUACAACUACGAUGCCGAGUUGAAUAUUGACUACUCCAUCAAAUACUACCUGAAAGCGGGUGCAGAUCGGGACAAGCUGGUUCUGGGCAUACCCACCUACGGGCGAUCCUACACCUUGAUCAACGAGGAGAGCACCGAACUUGGAGCACCUUCGGAGGGUCCAGGAGAGCAGGGUGAUGCCACCCGCGAAAAGGGAUACUUGGCAUACUAUGAGAUCUGUCAGACCCUGAAAGACGAUCCCGAGUGGACUGUGGUGCAGCCGAAUGCCAAUGUUAUGGGUCCCUAUGCCUACAGACGGAACCAGUGGGUGGGCUACGAUGACGAGGCCAUCGUGCGCAAGAAGGCCGAGUAUGUGGUGGCGCAGGGACUGGGUGGAAUCAUGUUCUGGGCCAUCGACAACGACGAUUUCCGCGGCACCUGCAACGGAAAGCCAUAUCCCCUCAUCGAGGCUGCCAAGGAGGCCAUGGUGGAGGCCCUGGGACUGGGCAUCAACGAGGUGGCCAAGCCAAGUGGUCCGCAGAAACCCUCAAGAUCCCGCAGUCGCGAUAAUGCCAGCACCAGGAAUCGUCUAAAUGGCAAGACCGAAGCUCCAGCCAGCUCCAGGAGGCCAAGUGCCACCAGGAGGCCAGCUGUGAGCUCCACCACCCAAGCACCCCCACCGAGCACCACCUUUAAACUGACUGAAGCCGAGGGAUCCUCUCUUUACAUUGGAGGCAGGGCUUCUACCACGCCACCACCACCAACGACUCCGGAUCCGGGCUCGGACUUCAAGUGCGAGGAGGAGGGCUUCUUCCAGCAUCCCAGGGAUUGCAAGAAGUACUACUGGUGUCUGGAUAGCGGACCAUCGGGUCUGGGAAUCGUUGCUCACAUGUUCACUUGUCCAUCGGGACUCUAUUUUAAUCCGGCCGCCGAUUCAUGUGACUUUGCCCGCAAUGUGCCCUGCAAAACCAAGAAAUCCACCACAGUGGCACCAGUAACCUCCACAACCCCGACAACCACCACAGUGCGUUCAAAUCGAGUGACAGCUGCUCCCACGGCUCGUCCCGUUUAUCCACGAACCACCACCAGCACCACCACAAGCACCACGACCACCACCACGUCAAGGCCAGCCACAUUUGAUGAAGAUCUCGAGUACGAAGAGGACACCGAUGAGCUAUCGCCUAGCAAGUCCACCGAUGCUGAGGAGGAUCCACAGGUGAUCAAGGAGCUGAUCGACCUGAUUCGCAAAGUGGGUGGUGUCGAGCAGCUGGAGAAGCAUCUGUUGCGCAACAAGGAUGGAUCGAUUACUCUGAAGGAGAAUUCAGCCAGUGGUGCAGCCACCACACCCUCUACCAUUAGCAAAUCCCUGUACGAUCGUGUGCUGAGUCGACCUGGAACUUUGAGUUCCUUCACCCGCAAUCGUUUCAAGAUCAGCGAAGCCACGGAGACGAGCACGGAGCCCACUGUCUCGAGUAGUGGUUCUCCGAGUGGUUCGUCAAGUGGCACCUCCAAUAGCUACUCCAAAUACUCCUCAGUUCUGAGGGGCAACAGUCGCCAGGGUCCACAAAACGAAGGCAUUGAAAAGUUGGCCGAGUUUGAUGGCUUCUUGAAGGAACGCAAACAGUAUGUAACUAUUAAUCGACAUCGGUCUGCGAGUCAGGGAGAUGAGGAGGAGCAUGCAGAUCAGCAGGAGGAGGAGGAGAACCUGGCCGUGGUCGAGACAACCACCCGCCGUCCAUUGAGCUCAGUCACACCUUCCUACACAAGCCUCCGACGAACAAGACCCACCACAGUGGCUCCUCCAGCAGAGGAGUCCCACGAAGAGGCGGCAGAGCAACAAACACAGACUCAGGUCAAAUCUUAUGCCACCUUAAGUCGCAACCGUGGACGCACCACGGCACCACCAGAGGUCACGGAAUCGGCACCCAGUUCGACAACCAAUCGUUACAAGUACUUUGAGCGUACGCGACCCACCAAGAGUGCGACUGCCGAGGAUGCCGAAGAUCCCACGGAGGACGAAGAAGAAGAGUACGAUGAGGAGCAAAAGGAAAUUGUUACGGUACAGAGCAAACAAACCACAAACACACGUAAAUAUGCGAGCAUCGGCCGCAGAACAACCACCACCACAACAGCAACACCAGAAACUACAACAACAACCGCCGGCACUGAGACUGCCAAGGCCAGCACCACCACCAACAACAACUACAACAACAACAACCACUACAACAGCAGCAAUAACAACAACAAUGUGAAACUGAAUAACCUAAUACCAACAGAAGAGAACAACACAGCAACACCCAGCACCACCGCCCAAUCCGAAACCACCUCCACCACUACUAACGAAACCACUGAACCAAAUGAAAGCACCUCAACCACCACCACAUCCAUAACUAAUAACCUGCAUAUCACCACCACUACACCCACACCAAUUGUAGCCUCCACUGUCCCCACAACAACCACCUCUAAUGGCAUAAACUCAGACUCCCUGCUAGCCACCGAGCUGAGCGAAACCUCACCCACCCAACUUCCUCCCAAUCCCGACAUAGAGACAACUACACCGACAACAACCACCUCAACCACAACGACAACGGAAUCCGAACUGGCCAGCACAACAACCACACCGAAAACAACAACCACCACCACGGGCAACAACGAACUGAAUGACGUAAACAACGUGGACGAGGACAGCGAGGUAACAAAACCCAAGACCCAAUACAAGUAUGCGACCACCAACCGUCGACGUAUAACCACAACAACAACAACAACCACCACCAACAACAACAACAACAAUGCAGAAGCAGCGAGCGAUGCUAGUCCAGUAAACGGUUUGAGUAGUUUAAAUAGCAUUAGAACCAACCCGGGCAGAAGGCAACCCCAACCAGAACAGACCCAAACAACAACCACCGAACCAAACCUUUCUAGUCCCCGACCCUUUGGUUAUCCCCGACGUCGCACACGACCCACAGCCAGCACUACCACUACCACAAUUUCCCAAACCGAUAAUAACGAUAACAAUACCGAUAAUAACGAUAACGAAACCGAUGCAGUUGCGCAAGUAGUGAAGAAGACACGACUAUCUGCAGGGGAUAGGCCCAAGGUGAGUGCCAGUCUUCCAACAGCAACAGCAAUCUCCAACUCACGAACAAAAACCUCCUCACUGCACCACCAAGAGUCCCAAGUAGAAGUAGAUGGUAACGGUGGCAAUGAUAGCUUAAGGCAUGAAGUAGUUAGCUCUAGUUUAAGUCAGUCCCAAAACCACAUCGAUACCGAUGCCCCACCCAGCACCACUCAGCAGCAUGUCAAGUACACGUGGCGCGGGGUGCGACGCCCGACAUCGCAGCGCCCAGUGGUUCCCAAUUCUUUAGCGGGCGACGACAAGGACUCCCGACGCUUUGCCGGCAAGCAGUUGAACAACGAAGCAAAUGUGAAUGAGGAUCUCCAACCGACCACCAAGUUCCGCAGUCGUCGCCUAAAUUCCGCCGAAGACGAGUCUGAGGUGGCCCUCGAGGUGGCCACUCAAAAGACUUCUCAUGGCUCCCGCAGUUACCAGAGCAUUCAACGCUCCGCUACCAAGGCCACCACAGAUGACUCUCAAAUCCACUACAAAGCCAUCACUCGCGACUCCGAAGGUGGGGCCCAUCUCACCGCAGGGCGCAGUUCCAGUUUCGUAAGGAAUCUCGGUGAUGCGGUCAAACCCACUCAGCCACACCAACCAAUAAGCAGAGGAGGACAGAUCGUCGAGAGCACCACCGAAGAUGAAAAUGUUGCUGCUGAAAUAAUCGAUGAUGAAAAGCGGGGAGAGACCAAGGCGCCCGCUGGAAGUGUAAAUUCGGAUGAUAGUAACACGGCUACCGAACAGGAGUCUCCCGAAAUUGUCACAGAAGCAGCACCACCACAACUGGAGAUUACCACACUGCCCGCAGAAGCUUCAGAUGUGAGCAGAUCUUCUGAAGCAAUUGUUAGCACCGCUGAAGAAAUUAUCAGCAGCACCACAGAAACGAGCUCCGUCGAUACAGUGAUUAAAGAAGCUAUAAACACAGAAACCAUUAAGCAGGCAAUUUCCAAGAGCAACAACGAAGAAUCAUCGACUGAAAUCAGCUCUUCUGAAGCUCCAGUUAGCAGCACAACUGCACAAUCUGAAGACUUCAUCAGCAGCACCACUGACUUAAAUUCGGAAGCUAUUGAAAAGGAAGAAGCUUCUAGUAUCAACGAUAACUCCAGUGAGUCACCUGAAAGUAGUACAGAAUUACCAGAGAGCAGUAGCAGCACUAUCACCACAGUGGUUCCCCAAGAAGAAACUACUACAACUACUGAAAAACCUACUCGACGUGCUUUCAACCGCUCUAGCUCAACCACACCUGAAGCUGCGCCAAAAGAGGAAUCCACUUCCACCGCAAGCCCUAGACGCCGUGUUAUCGUGCGGACCAGAACCAGCACCACGGAACCAGAAGGCGAAGUCCAGACCACCACUGAAGGAUUAAGACGACGCGGUUUUUACAGAACCAGCACUACCGAAGCAUCUAGCAGCACUGCUGAUGCAGAAAGCGAAGUCCAGACAACCACCGAAGGUCCAACGCGUCGUUCUUUCUUCAGAACUAGCACCACUGCGGCAACUAGCAGCACCACCGAAGGACCCAGUAACCCCACUGAACCAGAAAGUGAAGUCGAGACAACCACCGAAGGUCCAACGCGUCGUUCCUACUUCAGAACUAGCACCACUGAGGCUCCUAGCAGCACCACUGAUGCCCGAAGCACCACUUCUACCGCAGAAGUCGAUAGCAGUUCCAUUGGCGAUGAGGUUGAAGCAGAUGCAACCACCACUCGACGUUCGCUUUUCCACAAGCAGACGCCGAGCACCACAGAAGCCAUAACCACAACAACUACAGAAGAAACCGACGUGAGCAGCUCCACCAGACGUAGCUUCUUCCGCACUAGCAGCACCACAGAUGGCACCACAACAACAACCACCACGGAGGGGGCUAAGGAGGCUGAAAACGAGAGUGAGGCAACCACUGCCCUGCCGCGACGACGAGUUAUAGUCAGAGGCAGUUUUAGGCCACGCAAAGAGGGAGACCUCUCCUCUCUUCUAGCGGUAGAUGCCAACAAAAGAGCUAGAAACAACCACAGCACCACGAGCACAGAAACACCUGGUGGUCAUUCGGCUUCUUCCAAGGAAGAAACAUCGGAGCAACAAGAACCGCAAAGUGUGGAGAGGCCUAGCAGUGGUCGCACUUCGUUGAAUGCCGUUCGCAACCGCACAACCACAAAAACGGAGAGCUUAGGCAAUGGAAUCACUCGCACUCGCACCACCUAUGUGCGCACUCUGGACGCAGGGCAAAAGGUUGUGAAGCGCAUCCACACCAAAACCGUGGAGGAGAAACCCGCGGAGUAUGAGUACAUUGUCGAGGAAAAAACCCACCCACCUCCGCCCAGCACCACCCCACGCACUGUGACCCGCAAUCGAGGAUCCGUCCGCUUUGAGAGCAAUGAUCUUUCUUCCCUGCUCGCCCUGGACUUUGCCUCCCGUAGCAACCGCAAAAAGCAAGCCCAAACCGAGACGACGGUGACCAAAACGAGAAGACGCCUUCUUAAAAAGCCCAAGGAAACCAUCGAGCACGAAGAGGUUGAAGAAUUCGAGUACGAAGCGGAUCACGAAGCUGGUAACGAUGUGGAGGAGACACCACGUGCAAGCACCACAGCCAGGACUAUAAUCCGAAGAACCAGACCGACUAGAGGUAGUACGACGACUACCACAACAACCACUGAAAUACCAAACGAAAUCGAAGCCAGUACUCGCAGGGCUAGCUUCGCCUUUAAGCGACCCUCGAAAGCCAGCACAACAACAGAAGAACCUUCAACUACCUCCACGGAACCAUCCCCUCCACCAGAAUCCACCACAAGAAGAGUUCUCGCCUACAGAAGACCUGUGAGCACAACAACCACUGCGGCUCCAGUUGAAGAGUCCACGGAGGAAGCAACCCUUGCCUCUGUAGAAGCCACGACUAAAAGAGUUCUUUCGUUCAGAAGACCCGUGACCACAACAACCACUGCAGCUUCAGUAGAAGACGAGUCUACAGAGGAAGCAACUUCUGCCUCUGUAGAAGCCACCACCAGAAGAAUUCUUGCGUUCAAAAGACCCGUGAGCACAACCACUACUGCCGUUUCAAAAGAAGAUGAGUCUACAGAGGAGGCCACCUCUACUUCCACGGAAGGCACCACCAGAAGAGUUCUCGCCCACAGAAGACCAGUGAGCACAACGACAACUACACCAGUUCCCGUUGAAGAUGACGCUACAGAAGAUCAGUUGACGGCGGCCAAGCAACAGCUUGUAAAUCGCCUCAAAACCAGCACCACUACGACAACAACCACCACAGAAGCGACCUCAACCACCACCGAAGAAGAUUUAAGCGAUCUUAAAGUGCAGCUUAGCAACGCCAUAAACCGUUUGCAGACAGAAAAUAAAUUGGAAAGCCAAACUAUCACCAAGGGAAGUGAAACGUCCGAGGAUGAGGGCGAUGAUAAGCUUUCCUUACCGAUUUACCAUAGAAGAAAGUACUAUCAGUACGUGAAGGAUUCGCCGAUUACGUACAUAGACAAGUCCUCCGCACCACCAGACAUUGACAGUGUAACUGUGAACAUUAAACAGCAAAUCCAUGAUGUUUUCAAUGUGAGUGAAAAUGAAACCCCAAGCAAUUCCCUAGGCGAUGAGGGAGAAAGCGAUGACCAUCGCCUGGCGAUGGAACAGGCCAAGGAAAUCAAUGCCGAACUCGGUCAUUUUUUAUUGAAAACCCCCGGGUCAAAAACAAAGUCCCAGAGACAGGGCAAGACCUUUAAAACGAUACCACUAACUCCAGACUCAAGUAACGAGACCUCCAAGAUUGUGAGCUUUUCUCUUCUAGAAGAAAAAGAAAGAAGCGAAGAUGACGCCAGGGCUUUACGCACCUACACCAGACUAAACCGCACCCGCUUGACCCUGUCCACCAGAUUGCAGGAAAAGACCCCAAAUGAACCACAAGAUACAACAACCAGAAGAAGCUACAGUGUUCCACAGCGCUUCCGUGUUCGCUCAACGACACCAACACCAUCAACUACGGAAAAUAGCGAGGAGGACGAUGAAGAAAUUAAAGUGAAAUCUAAAGAAGAAUCCCUAGUGGCCAGUGCAACUACUGAAGUACCAUCCAAUAGCUUCAAAAAGUUCCCGACUAGAAGAGCUUUCACACCCAGAAGACCCGUGAAUGCAGUGGUGGAUUCCGAUUCUUCUAAUACUGACAACGACAACGAGAAAGAGUUAAAGGUGAAAUCAACGACAAGGCGCACCUAUGCCGGCUUCAACAGAUUGAGAGGCAGGGGAACUACCACCACAACAACCGAGGAAGCCACUGAUUCAACUACCAAGGCAGCACCCACAACCGCGAGAAGCACAAGGCAACCAUAUGUGGGCAUUAAUCGCAGAAUUACGACAACGACAUCCGCAACCACAACAACCACUGAAAAGCCAGAAGAAAACGAAUUGGAACAAAGUGAAAAUGAUGAUGAAAAUGAAGAGUCAACCACUAUAAGUUCUCAGAAUGAGGUAAACGAUGCUAUUGAGGAAAAUAAGGUUGAAAUUAAAGAAACUGAAGAAGUUGAGAAGAAAGCUCCCGAAGAGGCAGGCGACAGCACUGAAGAGCCCGAAUUGGAAGCCCAUAUAGAUGAUAAUGAUGAAAUUAAAAAAACUGAAGAAGUUGAGAAGAAAGCUCCCGAAGAGGCAGGCGACAGCACUGAAGAGCCCGAAUUGGAAGCCCAUAUAGACGAUGAUAAUGAAAUCCCUCUGCUAGAAAGCGGAGCUUCUACAGAAUCCACUACGACUACGACUACGACAACAACAACAACAACCACCAGUUCUCCGACAAGCUCUACCACACGUCGCCAGUUGGUAAUUCGUCGCCGUUUUAAUGGCACCAUAACAACAACCACCACGGCCUCCCCAGUGGAUGAUGAAAAUCUAGAGAACGAGAUCGAUCAACAUGAUACGGAGAGUUCAACACCAAAAGCGGUAACUACAACUCCAACAAGGCGGCAACUUUUGAUACGCCGACGCUUCAAUGCGACCGUCACACCACCAACAACAACGACAACCGCAAAUCCCAGUGCCGACAAUGAAAUAGAUCAGGGCGAGCCAGCUACGGCGGCAACAACAACCACACGACGACCGCUUCUGUCACGUCGUCGAUUUAAUGCGACUUCCAUCAGAACAACCACGACGGGAUCAACGAACGGCGUUGAGAUAAGCACACGUCGUCCGUAUGCGGCCUUGAACCGCUCACGUAAUCGCUUUACAACACCGCGAGCAACAACCACCGACGGUGGGGAAAAUGACGGCGAUGACGGUGAUGAUGACGAUGGCGAUGAGGAUGAAGAGCAAGUGUCGCAGGUGUCACCGCCACGUGCUGUCUUCCUUCAAACAAACCGCCAUCGAGCACUUCAACGCACACCCGAAGAAGAAGAGGAGGAGGAGACUGCAGCUGUGGUGCCAGCACGUAAACCACCCAGCUUUGCAGCUCGUCGCACCACCGCAGCACCACCGAGACUUAGCUCCAGCACAAGACGCAAUCUAGUGGCACUCAAUAGAAAUCUGUACCACAAAGCGGAGGGAUAUGAUGAUCAGGAUGAAGAAGAGGAAGAGCCCGAAGAGGAGUACGAUGAAAACGAGGAUGGGGAGAAUGAACAAGAAGAAUCCGUAGAUCCUCAAGUCACAAGCACCACCGCACGUUCGCGACUAAGUCAACUGCUUGCCAAUAGGCAAAGACAACCGCUCAGGACAAUCACCCAAAAACCGACAGAGACAGAUAGCAACACCCUUACGAAAACUGACUCGGACAGUGAAAAUGAAAAGGAAGAAAACGAUGAUGAUAAUGACGAUAGCUCCGCCGAGGUAUCGAACAGUAACCACACACUAAACCACGGCAAUACUCUGGGGGGAGGCACCACUAACUUUAACAAUCUUACUAACCGUAGCACCGCACUGAAUGUAGCUAGUCAACGUAGUAACAGCACCGUAGCCAAUUAUAUUAAUCGUUUCAAGUCAAACAGUUACACAACCAACAACAAACCAGUCACAGUCACAGCUAAUCUUAAGCCAGUUAGUCCAGAUAAUGAUAACGAUGAUGAUGAAGAUGAUAAUGAUAAUGAUAACGAUGAUGAUAAUGAUGCUAGUCUAGAGAAUGAGGGGAAGGAGAAAUCGAGUGGGGCUGGUUUGAAUGCCUUGGGUAAUGAUGUUAAUUCCACACGACGCUUUCAGAAUCGUUAUCAAUUGAGCCGCACCAGAGGCAGCACCACCAACACCACCCCAACAACCACAACAACACAACAACCCCAAACAACAACCACCGCCAGAAGAUUGGCCUUUGGGGGCCGUCAGCGUGCCCAGGUAACUAAACUAACCCUAGUCGAUGAGCAGACUGAUGAGACCGAGACUAAGGGGGAUGCCCACAAAGAUGAAGAAGAGGAGAAGGAGGAAGAAGACUCCAAUGCAACCACAGCAACAACCACCACCACCAGCAGACCAACACCAAAGCGCAUACGUGUGCUUAAAUUCCGUAGACCCUUGAAUAGCAAUAGCAAUAGUACCACUGUAGAUAGCUCCACUAAUAGCGCCACUGACACUAACCCAGACACCACCACAGCCACACCAACAACAUUAAGCCAAAGCACCACCAGCAACAACAACAACACCAUCACAAGCACCACUGGCAACAAGCGUUUCCGCAAGAUUGUCCGCAAAUUGAGGCCAGUGGAGUCAAGUACCGAGUCUAGUGUGGAUAAUUCCGAAGAACCAACCCGUAAACCUUUCGUUCCCAGCCACACCAGAUUCGCUGAUCAGGAUAAUGAUCUAGUGAAUCUCCGCCAGCGGAUCAAGGAGCAGCAAGCACGAGGUGAGCCCCAGGAUGGAGUAAUCAGCAAUCGAUUCAAGACAUUGGGUCAAAAGGACGAUCAGGAUGUGUCGGAUUUGCAGAAGUUGAGAGACAAAGUGAAGGCAGAGCAGGCACGGGGAGAGGGAGAACAGGGCGUGAUUAACGACCGUCUGAAGAAGCUGCUGGCCGAGAAGGGCACAACCAGCACCACUAGCACUCGCCAAAGAGAAGAAUCUUCCGCAGAUGACGAGUCUUCAUCAGUUUCCUCGGCAAGACCGUUCUUUAAACGAAAACUGGUUGCCCGUAGACCCUAUACGCCACCCUCGGCCAGCGGCGGUGGCACCACCAAGGCCCCACUGGCAUUCAGCACCACCCGACCCACGGUGAAAUUUGUGCGCAAGAAGAACGGCCGAUUUGAUCCCUUCAACUCGAGUGUACGCAAUCGCGGCGAGGGCUUUGUGAGAAGCGAUCCCCGAGGCUCCAGAUUGCCGGGAGCCGAUCGCUUUAAAUCCCAGGGAAACAAUGAGGACGAUGAGGUGGUGGAAGAACGCCAUGAGCAACCGCUGAAGAAUCAGUUUGGCACCACUUUGCGCAGACCUUUUGUACCCAAGACGCGACCAGUUUUGGAUAGAACCAAGCCACAGCAGGAAGAUGAGGCAGAAGACAGCGAGGAGGAGGACGAGGAGGAGGAUUCCGAGGAGGAAGGCGAUGAAGAGGAGGAUGAUGGCGAAGACGAGGAGGAGAAGAAGAAGGCAGCGGUUGCGGAGGAAAAUCCACAAGACGAUAAUGGCCAAGACAAGCCCAAGUUCAAUUCUCCUUACAAACCCAAGGAUAACCGAGUAUUGCCUGGCAGCCGUCCCACAUUCGGAGCCACCGGAAGUGGAUCACCACCCACAGCAUCCGGAAAUGUACCCUUUAAUCCCCGCAAUCGUCCAUCCAGCUCGGCCAAUGCGAAUAGCACACCGGCUAACCGCUUUGGCACCACAAAGCGACCCCGAGUCGUCAACCGACCACCGGGAGUGGCCUCACCGAACUUGACCUUGAAACCGGUGGCCAGCGAUUAUGAGCGCACCACACCGCUGACACCACUGAAACCGGCGCCAUUUAUACCCAGCAACAACAGGAGUUACGAGCGGAAGUACACGGGUCCAUCCACGGAGGCCGCAGAGACGGCCAGCGAGAAUUCGCUGAUCGAAGAACUGAAUAUUGAUGCACUGAAUGCGAGGAACAAGAAGAUCUUUGACAAGCACAGCAAGAAGCAUCCUGCCCUGAAGCCCAAGGUGGUCAAGGUGGAAUCCGAAACGGAAACGGAAACGGGAGCAGAGGUGGAAACCGGAACGGAGGUGGCGGUGGAGGAAGAAACCACUGAGGAGCAGCAGCAGCUGGAGCAGGGCUUUGUGACCACCACACCCAGUACACCACCAUCACCACCACCACCAGCACCACCCAGCACACAGUCAGACACAGCCACCACCACAGACACGCCACCAGAAACUGAAACCGAAACUGAUACAGAAACUGUAACCGAAACUGAAACAGCGACCAAUGCUAAUGAAGCCACUUCCAUCAAUUCACAGGAUCAAUCCCUCUCGAGCACCACUCAAGCACCACCGCCGGCCACCACCUUGCUGCAUGUGUUCACCCUGCUCGAGGGCGAGGGCCCCGAAGAGGAGCCGACGACGAGAAGGCCGACCCAGGCCCGUCUCCAUCCCACCAUACAGACGGAGGUGGUGCCCAAGCACAAGUUGAUUGAGAUCAAUCGCAUUGUCGAGAUUAAUUCGAAGCAGGCCAAGGCUGCCCAGAGGAAAUCGAAGGCCAAUCAGGACUUUGGCACACUGCGCGUGGAGUCCCUGCCCCACGUGGAGCAGCUGGGCGAGAUCAGUGUGGUCAAGUAUGUCCACCUGGUGGAUGGCAGUGAUAUUCAGAUCAACGAUGGGCACAGCACAGUGGCGGACUAUACGCCCACCGAACCCACCCUUUCGGCGUCUCAGAGUCCCGCCUCGGCGCCGGUGAGGAAUUCUCUGCCGGAAACCGAAGGAGGCACCGACACCGAUCGCAAUGGCAAGUCUUUGGUACCCGAAGUCCUAACUGGCGCCUUGGAGACCUCGACCAUCUCGCUGGAGGGACUCUUCGAUUCAGCCCGCAAGGGCAAGCAACUGAGCAGCAAUAGCAUUAUCGGCGAAACGGAGACGGAGGAGAGCACCACCAUUAGCAGUAGCAGUGCCUCGGCAACCGAAACCAGGGAGACCACCACACCGGCACCCACUUACCUGCGACAACCAGCGACUGGCAGCGUUUCGCGGCGACCGGUGUUGAGUGUCCGCCGGCGGAUUAUCAACUCACCAACGUCGGCGGCGGUGGAAACCACCACGCAGCAGCCAGCAGAACCACCAACGACCUCCAAAUACAACCGACUGCGCAGCAGACCCUCGGCAGCAGCAUCAGCAGCAGCAGCAACAACAACCGCAGCAGCAGCAGCAGCAACAACAUCCUACCCAGCAGCAACAUCUGCUGCUGGCGGCAGAACCAGCAGCAACAUCUACCUGAACAAGCUGAAAGCCAAGAGCGGAGCAGCAGCAGCCGCAUCCGGCGAGGCAGCAACACUGACGCCAGCAACUAGCAACAUCAGCAGCAGCAGCAGCAGCAGCAACAUCAACAGCAGCAACAUCAGCAGCAAUGACAUCACACAAAAGCAACACAAGUUUCAGCCCGCCAGCUUCGCGCUGCGUCGCCAAUUUCAAACGCGUCGACUGACAACCUUCGCUCCGGCGGCCAACGGCGACGAGAGUGCCACCGACGUGCCAAGAACCCAGAACCCACUUUUUAAGCGUCGUCUUACCUUGAUAUCCACCACACCGCCAUCCGCUCGCACCACCAACUCACCAAAUUCUGGCCUGGAAACCACCACCACUCUGUAUUUGAGCGACGACGAUGAGGAUCAGGUGGCCAAGUCGAGCAUUCACACCAGCCGCUUCAACCAGAUCCCGGAGCAAGUGCGUCCGCGAGAGGAAUUCGAACUGGCGCUGCCCCCUGCUGCCCCGCAACCACUGAAGAGCACCACCACCACGGCCAGCACCACCGCCAAUGCACCACUGCCGGUUGUUAACCAGGGCAUACGACGUCAGUUGAUACCACGCCCGCGUCGGCCGCAAUCGACGACGGCCACGCCCCUGACCACGCCCACCUUGGGCUCAUCCACGCCGGCUGGACACUCGGCUCCUCCACUUUCCCGCCGCCAGCAGAGUCGUCGUCGUCCGCACAAGUACAUCGAGGUCUACAGCCGCCCGCCGGCCAAGAGCGCCGUGCUCACGGCCACCUCGAGUAGUCAGCUCCUGGAGGAGGGAUUCCCGGGCCAAAGCCAGGUGGCCCAGAGACGACGCAGCGGAAGCAUUUCGCCGGCCAAGGGCGACCCCAAGGUCAUCGUACACGGGCGGGGCAUCAUCGAGUGCCGGGCGCAGGGCAACUUCCCACAUCCCCUGAACUGCAGGAAGUUCAUAUCCUGCGCCCGGUUCGAGGAGACCGGCGGCAUUGUGGGAUGGGAGUACACCUGUCCCAAGGGACUCACCUACGACGGCGUCGGCGGGAUGUGCACCUGGUCGCCCUCGGAUCAGCCCUGCCGGGACUAGACUGAUAAAACACAGCCCCUAAGCCCCCCCUAAGCCUGUAAAUCCGAAAUCAUGUACCCCUUCGCAUCCCCUUCGAUCAAAAAACCAAACCCAUUCCCCCCUUUUAGACACCAUUGUUGUAUAUGUUCUUUCCCAAUUUGUGAUUAGUUCUGCUGAGGUUGAAAACAAGAGAGAUGGAAGUUGAAAUUCUACGUUAAUUAUUCUUAUUUAAGCUUAGUGAUAUCUCAACCCAAUUUUUUUUGCGCCUGCCAACUCAGUAGUAAGCAAGAAAUAUUGUCUGUAGUUCAUCGUCCCAUAUAUAUAGCGCCAUAUAUGUGUGGUUGUGCGUGUGUACGCUAUAUACCAUAAUGGAUAAUAU